AUAAUCCAUUUUCUUACUCGGAUCUGGAAGACCAGUAUCGCCGUCGCCCUCCGUUGGCUACUGCAUCCGAUCUCGGGCGGUGGUGGAGAGUGAGGAACGAUUCCUGCUGGGGAGGACGAGCGAGACUGAACGAGGGAGAUGUUUCACCAGUUCUCGGCAACGGCUGAGAGCCUGAGCAAGGCCUCGUCGCUAGUGCUCCGGAUCGGCACUGACGCGCACCUCUACGACGACCCUGACGAUGUCAGCAUCGGUCCCCUUCUUGAAAGUCGCUUUGACUCCGAGAAGGUUGACGCCCUCAAGCGUCUGCUUGCUCUUCUUGCCCAGGGCUCCGAUGUCUCCCAAUUUUUCCCCCAGUGUUUGAACUUCUUUAGGUCGUGAAGAACGUUGCGUCGCAGUCACUGGAGCUUAAGAAGCUUGUGUAUCUCUAUUUACUUCAUUACGCUGAGAAGCGUCAAAAUGAAGCUCUCCUCUCUAUCAAUUGUUUUCAGAAGGACUUAUCAGAUACAAAUCCUUUGGUCCGAGCAUGGGCCCUUCGCACUAUGGCAGGAAUCCGUUUACACGCUGUAGCACCACUUGUAUUGAGAGCUAUUACUAAGUGUGCUAGAGAUCCAUCUGCCUAUGUCAGGAAAUGUGCUGCCUAUGCUCUUCCCAAGUUAUAUGACUUGCACCAUGAUGAAGAUAAUUCUUCUUUUGAGGAGCUUGUUGAUAUUUUAUUAAAUGAUCAUUCCCCUGGAGUUGUUGGAGCUGCCGCCGCUGCUUUCAAAUCUGUUUGCCCUUCCAGUCUAUUUCUGAUUGCAAAAAGUUUUAGAAGACUAUGUGAGAUACUCCCAGAUGUUGAAGAGUGGGGUCAGAUUGUUCUAAUUGAGAUUCUCUUAAGAUAUAUCAUAGCUAGACAUGGAAUUGUGAAAGAAUCCAUUAUGUUUAGUUUGAGCACAAUGUCAACUACCCCAGUGGCCGAUGGUUUUCCAACGUUUAGUGGCACAUCGGGUAGUUGUCAGACCUUGGUGGGUACAACAUGUGACGUCAAUAUGAUAACCUUAAUGUGCAAAAGUUACAUAGACGGACAAAUAGAGUGUUUUGCACAAACUGGAUGCUCAAAUUCUAGUGAUGAUAAGUUGGAUUUGUCUCUAACUUCCAGCACUAAUGAUGAUGUUGUGAUGCUCUUGCGAUGCACAUCUCCUUUAUUAUGGAGUCAUAAUAGUGCAGUUGUACUAGCAGCUGCAGGAGUUCAUUGGAUUAUGGCUCCAAGAGAAAAUAUUGAAAGGAUCAUCAAGCCUCUUUUGUUUAUUCUGAGAUCUUGUCAAGCCUCCAAAUAUGUGAUUCUCUGCAACUUGUUGGUGUUUGCCAAAGCCGUUCCUCCAUUUUUUUCACAAUACUAUGAAGACUUUUUCGUAUGUAGUUAUGACACAUACCAGAUCAGAGCUUUGAAGCUUGAGAUACUAUCAAUUAUUGCCACAGAAUCCUCAAUUCCAAUAAUUUUGCAGGAAUUCCAGGAUUAUGUUAAAGAUCCAGAUAGGAGAUUUGUUGCUGAUACUGUUGCUGCAAUUGGAUUGUGUGCACAAAGGUUGCCGAUGGUAGCAUCUGCUUGCUUGGAAGGACUUUUAGCAAUCACAUUUUAUGAAUCAUCCUUGAGUAGUUCAAGCCAGAUUGAUGGAGAAGCCGGUGUCUUGGUUCAAGCAAUCAUGUCAAUAAAAGCUAUUAUAAAGCAGAACCCAGAUAGUUAUGACAGGGUGAUUGUACAACUGGCUUGCAACUUGGACAGAAUAAAAAUACCUGCAGCACGAGCAUUAGUUAUUUGGAUUAUUGGAGAAUACAGCGUUAUUGGGCAGAUUAUUCCCAAAGUAGUACCGAGCAUACUGAACUACCUUGCAUGGUCUUUUACUUCAGAGGAACCUGACACAAAGCUUCAAAUCCUAAAUACUGCUGCAAAGGUUUUAUUAUGUGCCCAAGGAGCAGAUUCAUUGGCUUUCAGAAAGAUUCUUAGCUAUUUUAUUGAAUUGGCAAAGUAUGACAUAAAUUAUGAUGUACGUGAUCGUGCACAUUUCAUUUUUAAAUUCAUGCCACACAGUUUGAUGACUUCCUCUGAGAAAGAUAACAACUCAGAUAUAUCACAGAAUGGUAGGAUGCAUCAUGAACCUGGUGGAAAGAUAUUGAAUGGAAAAAUGCAUUCGUCAAUAUCAUCAACAAAGAGUUCCCGGAUUUACCUUCCUGGAUCUCUCUCACAGAUAGUUCUUCAUGCAGCUUCUGGUUAUGAACCCCUGCCUAAACCCUGUAGUCUGCUCAAUACUGAUCUCACUGCUGGAGUAGUCAAUGAAACAAAUGACUCUGAUAUAUCUUCUGGAUCUUCGAUUGAAGAAAGUGGCUCUGUUUAUGAUUCUGAUCAUUCUUCAAUUAGCUCAGAUGAUGGAAAUGAAUCAGUCAAUGAUUCAAAUGAUACUGAAUCUACUGCUUUGGCUGUCAGAAAUGAUGUUCAAGAUGUCAGAGAAAAAACAUUAGUUGAUGUUUCUAAUGUUAAUGUUUGUGUUGAUGAUUCAAAUGAGAACACCAAGGGGAACUUAUCUGCAUUUAUCUCUACAGAUUUGGCAGAGUUGAUGCCUAAAUUAGCUUUGGAGUCUUGGUUGGAUGAAGAACCUGGUGUGUCAUCUAUUCAAACAUCUCAACAAGCAUCUUCUGGGAGAAUAUCCAUUAACAAUCUUAAUUGUACUGUUACACCUAAGCUUCAUAGUCUUCUUGAUCCUACAACUAAUAAUGGCUUGAGAGUGGAAUAUGCAUUUUCAUAUGAGAUUUCAACUAUAUCUUCAAUGUUAGUACUUGUUGAAAUUUUCUUUGAGAACUGCUCUUCUGAACCAAUAAAAAAUAUAGCAUUGAAAGAUGGAGAGUCUUCUUCGAGCGUGGAAUCUUCAGACCAAGUGCUAGGAGAAUCUGAAAGUCUGCUUCGAACUGCUAAUGUACCACCUGUGCUUUCUACUGAAGAGAUUGCAUCUCUAGAUCCAGGUCAAAGGGUGAAGAAAUUAAUUGAAAUCCGUUUCCCCCAUCAUCUUUUGCCACUAAAGUUGGUUGUAACAUGCAAUGGGAAAAAGUUUUCAACAAAGCUCUGGCCAGAUAUUGGGUAUUUUCUUAAACCACUUUCCAUGAACACGAGUGCAUUUAUAGAUCAUGAACGACAAUUGCCGGGGAUGUUUGAGUAUUCAAAGAGGUGCACUUUCAAGGACCAUAUUGAGAAGAUUGCCCCAGUGAAGGAUGAUAGUUCAAUUCAUUCGGAUAAAAUCAUUUUACUUUCUCAAAUUUUGACAUCCAAGGUUCUGAGCAAUUGCAAUGUUUCCCUUGUAUGUGCGGACAUCCCUGUUUCUUUUAAUAUCGAUGAUGCAUCAGGCUUGUGCUUACGUUUCAGUGGGGAAUUAUUGAGCAACUCAAAACCUUGCCUGAUUUCUAUCUUAGUCGAGGGCAAAUUCUCAGAACCUUUUGUUCUCACUGUCAAGAUCAACUGUGAAGAAACUGUUUUUGGCCUCAACUUGUUAAACAGAGUGGCAGCAUUUCUACAAUGAAAAUCCAGCUUUAGUUUUACAGUAGUGAUUGCACUAAAGCCAAAAAAAUUCUGUAUUAAAUAUGUUACUUUGACUCAGAUGAUGGUUGAUCUGCUACUACAUAGAGAAGACACUUGUGGAAUUCACUUGUCUUCUAGGAUAUCAACUAUCAAGUGUACUUUUUGAGGGUAAACAUUUUGUUCGCCCCGAACGUGUCGUAUUAAAUCAGCGUGUAAACAAUACCUUUUCUCUGAGAGCUUGUAUUUUAAAAUUCAAAACUUCAUUGACGUCUUUCAA